UAAAAAAUGGCUUUCAAACUUGCAAAAAAUUUCUCCAUAUGGUUCAUACUUGUUUUUUGUGCAUGUGCAUCCACAUCGGACUCCGCGUCCCUUGCUGACGACAUUCCGUCCUCAACUAAAAAAUUCGAGGAGUGGAUGACUGGGCAUGGGCGCGACUACAAAGACGUGGCUGAGAAGGUGAAGCGUUUUCAGAUUUUCCUGGAAAACCUGAAGUUCGUCGAGGAAUUCAAGCGCACGGCGAACCGGACUUACAAGGUCGGACUGAACAAGUUCUCAGAUUUAACCAACGAGGAAUUUAGGGCAACAUAUGCUGGAUACAAGUCGCCAUCAUCAACACGCAGUAACUCCUCCCAAGUUCAUUCUUUUGAGUACCAAGGUUUGAAUAGCAUUCCGGAGAGAGUCAAUUGGGUCGAACAAGGCGCUGUCAACCCUAUAAAGCUGCAAGGCCCAUGUGGAUCUUCCUGGGCGUUCUCCGUGGUGGCAACGGUGGAAGCAAUCACGAAGAUCAAGUCUGGCAUGCUGCCGAACCUGUCCGUGCAGCAACUCUUGGACUGUGCCACUAAUGGCGGCAACUGGGGCUGCCAUGGCGGCUUGAUGGACAACGGCUUCAAGUACAUCAUCGAGAACGAAGGCAUCAGCUCCACAUCGAACUAUCCAUACACCGGGGUCGACGGCACCUGUGACAAGCAGGCCGCAUCUGUUGUCGAGGCCAUAAUAUCCGCGUAUAGGGAUGUCCCCGCAAAAGAGGAUGACAUGCUGAAGGCCGUGGCGAUGCAGCCGGUGUCAGUAGCACUGGACUCGAGUGGGCCUGCGUUCCAGAACUAUGCAGGUGGGGUCUUUAAUGGCCCGUGCGAUGCCAAUCUAGACCACGCGGUGACGGUCGUCGGGUAUGGGACGGAUGAGGAGGGGACCAAGUACUGGUUAGUAAGGAACUCUUGGGACGCUCCGUGGGGCGAGAGUGGGUACAUGAGAAUUCAGAGGGACUCUGGGGUUGAAGGUGGCCUUUGUGGAAUUGCCUUGAAAGUUUCUUAUCCUAUUUAUCAAAGAGAUUAUGGCCUCGAGCUCAUGUGCGUUAGUAGGCUAAACUCGGCCGAUAUGAAUUGAGUUUAGUCUAAGUGGAAAUAUUUCGGGUUAAUUACUAUAGUUAAUCUCAUGUAUUUACUUUUUUUUAUUCAGUUAGACCCCAUGCGACCUUUGUUAGGUUUCUUAUGCUGAAAUAUUUGGAGUGUCUAAUGAUAAUGAGAAGGAAGAGGAUUUGAAGACA